AUGUCCACGAAUAAAAGUAACAAUAUUUUUACAAUAAAUGACGACCAAACACCAUCAUCACAAAAAUUGCACCAACUACAUCGACGACGAAUGGACCGUAACGAGAAUACCAUCAUCACCCACGAAAGUGGCAUUCUGAAGAUCGGAUUUGCAAUAGUAUUAUUUCUUCUAUUGUCUCUGAUAGUAGGUUACGCGAUAAUCGUCACAAAAAGGAAAAAUAAAAAUUUAAUACCAUCACCCAACCAUAAAAAAAGAAUUUCGAUAUCUUUAUGGCAAAAAAAUUUGGUAUUUAUCCAUUCGCGUUCGAUUGGCUCUUCCUUGCUCGAGUAUAAUCAACAACAGCAAACAAUACAAAUUAAUCAAGGCAAAGAAAGAAGAGGAUUACGAUUGGAUAAAUUGGGUGCUACUAGAGAAGGUGGCGGUGUUACAGUUUUAUCUCCGAUAAAAGAGGAGGCUGAAGAAUUAUCCGAGUCUUUACCAAAGUCUGCAACCACCAAAGAAAUUGAAGAAAUGGCAGCGGGUGAUGAUGAGUCUUAUGUUAUGGUGUCGAAUGUUUGA